AUGUUUGGUAAAAGUACCACUGCUGGAUCACUGUUUAACAAUACCUCGACACCCACUUCGACACCGACUGCUCCCAAUAAUACCUUGCAAAAGCCAUUCAAAGCUGGAGGACAAGGGCUCUUUGGAAAUGCUAAUCCUACAGCUGCCGUUAGUACGCCAAGCCCGUCAGGAAAUUUGCUGAAUGGCGGAGCAAACAUUCAGACUAAGGGGAAUGGGUUAUUCGGAGGGACUCAAGCUAACACUACUACUGGAGGAUUAUUCGGCAGCAAUAGCACUCAGAAUAAAGGCUCAGGUUUCGCCUUUGGACAGAACACAGCAGGCGGAAGUGGCGGCGGAUUGUUCGGAACAAGUAGUAGCUCUAAUGGGGCAUCAUCAAGAAACUUACCAUUUGAGAACAAAAUAAGUGGUGGGGCAGGCUUUUCAGGUUCCGGCCAGGCCUCUGGGGGUCUUUUCUCGGGCACCAACGCAACCAGUAGUACAGGACUGUUUGGCAAUCACCAAUCGCUUGGAAACAGUACGCAGGGAACUUUCUCAUUUAAUAACAAUGUUUCCAACUCUGUUCAGACACAGCCGUCUUUUAAUCCUUACGGUCUGAACAUUGCCAACGUGCCGGUGCCAGUGUCUUCAAUGCCGGCUUCUAUUACAGCUCCCGCCAUGGAUAGCAAGACUACGUUGGAUAGAUCUACAGAGUCCAAUACAAGCUUUACGUCUGGCUCAACGGCCCCUAAUCGAAGGACAUACUCUAUUUCCUCCACUAUUUCGAACACCACCGGAUCUCAGGUUUCGCUCCCUGCGACUUCCAAAUCCAGUCUGAUAAACAAGUUGAGUGCCAGGUUGAAAAGCGCUCCCAAUACGUCAUCCACGCAUGGUAUUUUCUCGCCAGCAUUAGACGGACAAUGGAAUUCACAGGAGAAGAACAAGCCCAAUGUGAAAGAUAUAACUGAUUCGCGCGAGUCCGCUUCAAAACAGAAAGAUGAAUUCCCUUCUGGAGGCUUUACACCGCUCUCACUACAGAGGGGAGGCUCCUCAGAUAUGCGUAAACUGAAGAUAGAUCCAAGCAGAAGCAUAGCAAAAAAACUAAAGCUUUUUACAGGUGAAUCCACCCCAACAAAAUCUCAUACCAUUGAUCAGAGCGGAGAAGAGAAAAUCAACUGCGCUGAAGGCAAAACGCAAAAGGAUGAACAACAAGAACCCGCUAUUAAUGCUCUAACGAAAGACAAUGAUAUACCCAAUCAAGUGCAUGAUCAUGAUGAGCUAUCCGACAGUUCGCCUCCGGCGGUGGAUAACUCGGGCUAUUGGUGCUCUCCGUCUCCUGAGCAGUUAGCUAACUUAAGUGAAGAACAAUUGACUGCUGUACCCAAUUUUUUGAUUGGCCGUAAAGGCUACGGAUCUAUCACAUUCCAGUACGACGUUGACCUCUCGGCUUUUGCUAAACACAUCGAAACCGAGCUGUUUGGGAAGGUAGUAAUCUUCAAUGCUAAUAAAACUGUUGAAGUUUAUGCUGAUGAAUCAAAGAAACCACCAAUUGGAUGUGGCUUGAAUGUGCCAGCAAUUGUCACCCUCAACAAUGUGUACCCUGUUGACAAGAAAUCAAAGAAAGAGUUAAGAGACGAAGCCAACUCUAAUGAAGUUCAAGUACUUGUGAGAAGGUUAAGAAACUUGAGAAAUAUGGAUUUUAUCUCAUACAAUCCUUUCGGUGGAGUAUGGACGUUUAAAGUAAACCACUUCAGUAUUUGGGGGCUGACAAACGAAGAAGACGCCGAAAUAGACGAACAAGAAGUAAAAAAUGCGAAAGCAGAGACGAUAAUUGAUGAAAACUUCGCUUAUCCCAACGCAAGGAGGUCAUUGGCCCAAACCAAAAUGGACCAAGAAAUGUUACCGGGGACGUUUGAGAGCCAGGAGAAUGGAUUUUCACCAGCUGAAUUGCCACAGAGAGAACUCAUUGGUGUCCGACAGGCUAAUAACUCUGAUUUAGAGUCUGUUACGCCACGUGAGAGUGAUUUCCUUGUCGAGGAAAAACCAUACGAACCAGACAUUAAUGAGUCCGAUUUUGAAGGUAUGGUAAAUGAACCAGCUUUGAACACCUCAAGCAACUGGGUAGAACAACUUCAGCUUGCAGGCUCAAAUCUUAAAUCUGUGUUUGCUGAAGCAAGUGAUCUAUCUGUUGAUGGCGAUAACGGCAUUGAACUGCUUUUUAAUGAAUUUAACGAGAAUUUGAGAAAAGAAAAAACAGCCAAGAAGGAAAGGAGAAUCGUUAACUUUAAUUUUGCUAAGUUUUCCUCUGACUCAUCCCUACUAAUGAAAGCUCCAAACCGCACGUCAGGUGUGCGAAGUCAUAUUAUUCCCAUGAACUCGUGCAGGGAACCAGCCUUCGUCGAGGCUUUGUUUUCUAAGCAUUUCAGCCUAUGCGCAUUCACUAAAAGGCAAUCAAACAAUUACCCUAAGGUAACGGGCAGCCAACUGCUAUUCAGCGAUAUUGCAGAUUUAUGCAGUCCAUCUAGUGUCGAGUACACGCUCUGGACUCUUUGCUCAGUCCUUUUUGAUGAAAUUAAUCUAAACUACACCGUCGAUGACCCGUCUGUAGAGGAAGCUCUGCUGAAAAAUGAAAGACAUAAGCAAAUCUGUUCUUGGAUUGUUGAGCAGACUAAAGACGAGAUUAAUGCCAGAAUAGAAAAUGAAACGGAUGCGCUGGAGAUCAUUUUCUUGUAUCUGCUGAAAAACGAUGUCGCCAAUGCAUGUAAAAUGGCUCUAAAGUCGCAAAAUGGUCAUUUAGCUAUCUUACUCGCAACUUUGGAUUCAAACGAUCCCCGUAUCCGUGAUUUGGCUGCAGGGCAGCUUGAAAGAUGGCGCUCUUGUGGUCAAAGAGUAAGUCCGGCCAUAGCUCGCAUCUACAGAUUGCUCGCCGGUGAAGAAGUCAACGAAAAGUUCUUAAAUGAACGAGAAAAAGAUUCCAUUAGCUGGUUGGCGUUACUAGGGGCCAAUUUGUACUAUGGUAAGGUUAAUGAGUUAUCGUUGAAAGAGGUGAUUUCCCUGGCUACUAGAGAUCCUAUUUCAAACAAACAUGAUUUCAAGUAUACAAUCUUCAAGCUGUACGGCUUGCAAGAACCUAUCGAAUUUACAUUUGAAGAACUGAAGAAUGCUGUCUCACCUUUGGACUACAGUAUAUCCUGGCAUAUUGCUCAGAUUCUAAGAUUUGGUAAAGAAGGUGUGAUAUCUGAUCGUAUGAAUGAUAAGCUCACCUCCGAUUAUAUCGGGCAACUGCGAGUUUGUCAACUCCAUAAAGAGGCAUUGUUUGCAGCAAGCUUUUACUCAGAUGAUUCGGCUGCGGAGCAGCACAUUGAGUCGAUAGUCUAUCACGAAAUUCCAAUCCUUUCUUCGGCCUCAAAUAAGGAUAUGAUACAACGGCUGCGUAUUCCAACCCGCUUAAUUCAAAAAGCCGCAGCUCUUAAACAUAGGUAUGACGGCGAUUACUUGCGGGAAGCACAAUGCUUGAUUAAGGCUGAAGCCUUUGAAGAAGCAGAGAGAGUUGUAAUCGAAUCUGUCGGUCCCAUGCUGAUUAUUAAUGGCCUAACAAAUAAUGAAAGGGACUUAACCGUACUUCAAGGAUUAUUAUCAAGUUUUCCAGCUUCUGAAAUGAAGAAUUGGUCAACUGGUUUAGGAGUGUACGACAUUUAUGUGAAGCUGAAAUUAGGUUCAAAUGCAGACAAACAACUUAUUGAUUGUCUGUUAGAUGGUGUCUGUUUACUGUACGAAGCUCAUAAGCGAUGCAAAGCAAUUCCGGUUUGUUGUAGUAUAAUAUCUCAGUAUGUCGCAGCGCAGUAUCUGGAACUGGAACAGCACAGUGCAGAGAAAGACGAUAGCUACAAGGAAAAGCUACUAAAGUUGCCGCUCGGACAGCCAGAGAAGAAAUACCUUGAAAGCUCCCUGGUUUGA